AAAUCAAUAAAUAUUUUAUAAAAACGAAUACUUUUACGCUGCACUUAUUUAGGUUUUUUUUAAAUAAAGUUAUAAAUUUUUUCAGUAAAAAAAUGUUUUAUUGAAAUAUAUUUUAUAUAAAAAUUUGUUUUUUAGAUUAAAUAGUAAAAAAACUAAUAAAAUGCCACCGAAAAAAAAAUUUAGAAGUAAUAAGUUGGAUGAAAUAUUUUUAGUUAAAAAUUUAAUCUUCAAACUUCCAGCAAAGAAAUUUGCGACUGCUAAAGAGGUAAUUCAAUAUUAUCUCUUUCUACGAAAAUCAAAAAGUGAAGCAAAAGUAAAGUGCUUAGUAGGUUGUCCUAACAAAAGUUCUUCUUUUAUACCUAACUGCCCAGUUAAUCAGUCUGCAUACUAUCUAAACUGAUGCAUACUAUCUAAACUGAUGGAUCCUUGGAUACUUGGUGGAUUUAAAGUGCUUACAACACAAAAGCUAAGAAUUAAAGUUGAGAAGUUGUUAAAGGAGUGGGUGAAAUUAAAAGAUAAAAGAAACAGAACAAAUCUUGCUGAAGUAAAAAAGAGACACUUAUUUGAAGAACAAAUGAAUUAAGAAUUUUGGAUUGGAGAACAUCCUCAUGUAAUGUUUGGGGAAAUACUAAAAGAUAAAAUGAGAAGAGUGAAAGACAAGGAAGAAGAUAUUGCUUUUUUAAAAGACCAACUUGGGGAAAGGAAAGGAUGUCUUGGAGAUAGAGAUAAAAGAUACGAGUAUUCUGUUGAAAGAAAUAAAAGAAGCAAAUCAAAUUUAGAAAAAAAGCUAUUAGCAGAGUUAGAUACAAAUGAUUUAGAUUAUCUAAGUUCUUCUAGUUACACUUUGGAAAAUUUAGUCCAAGAAACACUAGUUACACUUUGGAAAAUUUAGGCCAAGAAACAGAUAUCGACUUUGAUAUUAAUGAGAUUCCUAAUAUUCAAAAUUCUGUUCUUCUUCCUAAAAAUAUACUUGAGUCUACCGCUCAUACAGCAGUUGGGGAGGGUAUAACACUGCACCAACAUAUAGCUUUGAUUGGUAGUGUUAUUGUCAUGACUGGUGGCUCUGUAGCAAACUUUAGAUGUUCUAAAUCCACAUCUUAUAGAGCUGCAGAGAACAUAAUAUCUGCCGGAGCAAAAGAAAUAAGAGAAUAUAUAAAAAACACUGUAGUAUCAUCGAACUCACUAAUGACCAUACACUUUGAUGGAAAAAUAGUAAAUGAGUUAACGGCCAGAAAGCAAUUAAGAAAAGAUAAAAUUGCAGUUUUGGUGAGGAUUGAUGGGAAAACAGAACUACUUGGCAUUCCUCCAAUAGAAUCUAGUUCAGGGGAUAAUCAAAAGCAAGCAAUUUUUGAAUUAAUGGAGUUUUUUGGAUUAGAAGAUAAAGUUCAAUGUCUCUGCUUCGACACAACUUCAGCAAAUACAGGAGUUUGGCAAGGUACUUGCAUGAGAUUAGUUUGUCAAAUUCAACGACCAUUGUUGCUGAUUGCAUGUAGACAUCAUGUAAUUGAGCCUCACAUAACUCAUUUCUGGAAGAUUUGCCCAAGCAGCAAAACUUCUGGUCCAGAAAAUAAGCUAUUUGAACUUCUAAAAAAAAAUUGGAACUGUAUAGAUACUGAAACUAAGGAACUGAAAAGAAUAUUAAUACCACUUGGAACAUGGAUAUACACUCAAAAAUUAGUUGCUAUUGAGUUUUGUAAUAAUGUGAUCAAUUUGAAGAUUUUUAAAAAGGAUGGAAACAUUAGAAAAGAAUACCAAGAGCUAGCUGAACUUACUCUAAUGGAACUAUCGUCAAAUAGGUUUAAAUUUCAUUUACCGGACCAGUUCACCAUUCAAGAUUCAUGGGAAAAGGUUUUAUACUAUUUAAAAUUAUAUCUAUUAAUGAAUGAAAUCUCAAACCUCACUGACAAAGAAAAAGAAGAAAUAACUGGUAUGGUUUUAUUCAUUUCCCUAUUCUAUACAGAGUGGUUUCUAAUGUCAGAGCUAAGCUCUUUAGCACCAGGACAAGAUGUGAAAGCUUACUGGCAAAUGAAAAGGUUUGAAGAAUGGAAUCUACUUGGCUCCCAAGCUGUUGCGAGCUCUAUUCUCAGACAUACUUGGUAUUUAGAUCCCACUUUGGUAGUUUUCGCCCUAGCUGAUGAAAAAUGUAUGGAACGCAGUGAUAUGGCCAAGAAACUGUAUAGUUUAUCAAGAUUUCCAAAUGAAAAUUUCCCUUUGGAGCGCCAAAUAAUGGACCAAUUUGUAUUGAAAAGUCUUAACUUCCGUAAACAUGAGCCUCCCAGUUUAGCUCCAUUAAUAACAGACAAGUUGUGGCUAAUUUUUGACAUGUUUAGACAUGGAAAGGCAGAAACUCAAUGGAUGAAGACACCUCCAGAGUUUUGGAAAUUCAAUGAUUUUUAUCUAGAAUUUAAAGCAACAGUCAUAGGACUUGAUGUUGUUAAUGACUUCUCUGUAAGGGCGGUUAAAUUAGUUUAAGACCUAAUAAAUAGAGCAUAUUCCGAGGAGAAAAGGCAGGACACCCUUCUCUUUACAAAUAGUUACAAGAAAAACAGAAAAAGUAAAAAAAAAAUUUAUUACAAAAAGGCCGCUAGCAGAAAGAAAAUCUAAUUGUUGUUUUUAUUAAAAAAUUUUAAAAAUCUUUGUUUUAAUUAGAUAACUUA